UCCUGUUGAAAUUCUAAAGAUAUUAAAGAAAAUCUGCCAAAAUGGAGUCUCAGAUCCGCCAGAACUAUCACCACGAUUGCGAAGCUGCCAUCAACCGGAUGAUCAAUUUGGAGAUGUUUGCCUCCUACACCUACACUUCAAUGGCUUUCUAUUUCUCCCGUGACGAUGUGGCUCUGCCUGGCUUCGCGCAUUUCUUCAAGGAGAACAGCGACGAGGAGCGGGAGCACGCUGAGAAGCUCCUCUCCUUCCAGAACAAGCGAGGUGGAUGCAUUUUACUCCAGGACAUCAAGAAGCCAGAACGUGAUGAGUGGGGCAAUGGGCUGGAGGCCAUGCAGUGUGCUCUGCAGCUGGAGAAGAAUGUGAACCAGGCCCUGCUGGACCUGCACAAGAUUGCCUCUGACAAGGUUGACCCCCAUCUGUGUGACUUCCUGGAGACUCAUUACCUGAAUGAGCAGGUGGAGGCCAUUAAGAAGCUGGGAGACCACAUCACCAACCUCACCAAGAUGGAUGCUGUCAACAACAAGAUGGCAGAGUACCUGUUUGACAAGCACACCCUGGGAGGCCAGAGCUAAACUACUUUCAUCCCCAGGCUAUGGCCUCCAGGCUCAGAGCAGGACACCUGGCUUCUCUGAUAGAUCCUCCUGGCUUUACAUUUAUAGGGAGGGGAGAGUGUUAAACUGGUGCAGUGCAACACUGCUGUGACAUUGAGGUAUUUUUGUUGACAACACUACUGUAUUUUGGAGGCAAGGCAUCUUGUAAAACAAUUAAAAAGAUCACAAAUGUUUUUGUUGAUGACUUCUAAGUGUU